CCCCCAUCUUGGUAAGAAGGAAAGAGACGUUGGGGUGGCCUCGCGUAGCUCGAAUGGCAAAAAGUGGCAGCAAUUUUACUGUGGGUAUCAACUGAUGUGCUUCACCAAUCAUUGAUCAGCCCAACUUUCACACAGCUGGGAUCUUUCAAACUAUUUAUUUAUCGGUAUUUAUUUACUCAGUUUGUAUAUCUGCUCAUCUCACCUGUGUGACUCUUGUCCAGUCACUGAGCCAAUCUCCAGAUCAGAGGCCUGCCUUACAAAGAGGGAUCAGCAUCAGCCCAACCAGCAGCUGACAGAUUAACAGCUAAGAACUGAUGGGAUGGGAGCAGGUGGGAAACUUCUUAAUAGUGUAAAGCUCCCCUCUGCCUGGUCUCCAUUUAACAACUGUCAGUGAAUCUGGAAUUAUCUUCUUUUUGAAGUUUUCUUGCCACUUGGUGAUAUUUGCAGGAAGGGGAGCAAAACAAAGCCAAGAGACUUCACCAAUUUCUUUCCUCGGUGUGCUCUCCAUUUUGUUUGUUCGUUUGUUUGUGUCCUGCCUUUAUUAUUUUUACAAAUAACUCAAGGUGGCAAAUAUACCUAAUAUUCCUCCUUACUCCUAUUUUCCCCGCAACAACAACCCUGCGAAGUGGGUUGGGCUGAGAGAGAGUGACUGGCCCAAAGUCACCCAGCUGGUUUUCAUGGCUAAGGUGGGAUCUGAACUCAUGAUCUGCCGCUUUCCACUCCCGCUGGUGCCGUAACCACUAGACCAAUCUGCGAAUGAGGGCAUCAGCAGUUGGCCACGCUGCCUCUGUGGGCAGGGAUGGAGAUCACCAAUGAAACAUUAUUUUUUUCCGCAAAGACGCUGUGGUUUUCUACAGAUUCAAGGGCUGGUCGGUAAAUACUUUGAGUCAGACAUGGAAAAAGGGUCUUUUGAGGGAAAAGAUUUGCUACUGAGUUUGAUAUUAUGCUUGAACAGUUAAAUGAUAAUGAGUAAAACUCCUACAAAAUAAUGUUGGUGCAGGCUGAGCAGCUUCCUUUGCUGAAGGAAUUAGAGAGAGAGUUAGCAGAGGUUGCAACCAGCUGAAGAAGCGGGAGCUCAUCCUUCUGCCCUUUGAAACAAUUCAUCUGUAGGGUGCAGUGGAAUCUUCUUGGGAGGGAAAAAGAGAGAGGCAGCGCACCUGACUCCCAUUCAACAAGAGAAGGAGGAGGUCUGCUUGACAAUGGCAGCAGAAGAUUCGUUGUCAUCUCCUGGCUUGGAUCAGGUAGCUGGUGAGAAGUUCCUGCAGGAAGCCUUCCAGAUCAUGCUUGAAGAAGGGAUUCGAAAAGGGAUGGAUGCCUCUGAAAAGGUGUGUAUUUGGAAAGAACCUGAGGAACUGCAGCAAAUUCUGGACCUGAAUCUAAAAGACAUUGGGGAGCCACAUGAAAGGUUGCUGGAACGCUGUCGGGAAGUUAUCAGAUACAGUGUGAAAACGUGUCAUCCACGCUUCUGCAAUCAGCUAUUUUCUGGGCUUGAUCCCCAUGCUCUGGCUGGACGGAUGAUCACAGAGAUGCUCAACACUAGCCAAUACACGUAUGAGAUUGCACCUGUAUUUGUCUUGAUGGAGGAAGUGGUGCUGAAGAAACUGCGAAAAUUGGUUGGCUGGGAAAAAGGCGAUGGAAUCUUCUCCCCUGGAGGGUCCAUCUCCAACAUGUAUGCCAUGAAUGUGGCACGGUAUCACCGUUUCCCAGACUGCAAGCAGAAAGGGCAUUGGGCAAUACCAAAGCUGGCAGUGUUUACAUCAGAAGAGUGCCACUACUCCAUCCAAAAAGGAGCAGCUUUUUUGGGCAUCGGCACUGACAAUGUCUACCUUGUAGCAGUGGAUGAAAAAGGGAAAAUGAUCCCCGCUGAUCUAGAGGAAAAGAUCAACCAGGCCAAAUCAGAGAGAGCGCUCCCCUUCUUUGUCAAUGCCACCUGUGGCACCACUGUCCUGGGAGCUUUUGACCCCCUGCCUGAAAUUGCAGAGGUGUGCACAAGACACAAACUCUGGUUCCAUGUGGACGCAGCCUGGGGUGGCAGUGCUCUCCUCUCCCAAAGACAUCGGCAUCUUCUGGAUGGGAUCGAAAGGGCUGAUUCGGUGGCUUGGAAUCCCCACAAAAUGCUUAUGACUGGGCUUCAGUGUUCUGCCUUUCUGGUCCAGGAUAACUCUGGACUCCUGCAGAGAUGCCACUGUGCCCAAGCUACCUACCUCUUCCAGACGGACAAGUUCUACAACAUAGCUUAUGACAGGGGAGAUCAAACCAUCCAGUGUGGACGCAAAGUAGAUUGCUUUAAGUUGUGGCUGAUGUGGAAGGCCAACGGCAGCAAAGGCUUGGAGCAGAGAGUGGAUAGGGCCUUUGCUUACACUAGGUAUCUAGCUGAUGAAAUUAAGAAGAGAGAAGGUUUUCAGCUAGUGAUAGAGCCAGAGUUUAUCAAUCUCUGUUUUUGGUAUGUACCUCCCAGUCUGCGAGGGCAGGAAGGCUGCACCGGUUACUGGGUGAAAUUGGAGAAGGUAGCUCCACUGAUUAAGGAGCGGAUGAUGAAGAAAGGUUCCAUGUUGGUGGGCUAUCAGCCACAUGGCAAAAAGGUGAACUUUUUCCGCCAGGUGGUCACCAAUCCAGCAGUCACCAGGGAUGACCUAGAUUUCUUCCUUGAUGAAAUUGAGAGGCUUGGCAGAGAUCUAUAGAUUGUGUACAAUACGGACUGGAACAGUUACGUAUGUGGUUCAAAAGCAGACAUCAGCCACCUUAAUUCCAAUCACCGUGCACCAUGGUUGAAAUAGCUUGGAAGCUACACUUCUCCAACUACUGACAUGGUGUCUUUGCUGCUACCAAACCAUUUUAUAGAUAAACAUGCUGUGAAGAUGUCACAAUAAUGUGUGCGCCCCACCCUUUUCUCCCCCCCCCCGCCCCAUUGUUCUCUCUUUCUGUAACUGUGGGUGUGUUCCAAAAUUAAAGCGAAUGCAUGCUUUUAAUUUCCUCGCUGCCUUCUGCAAAAAACAAGGAAAGCCUAGGAUUAUCAGAGGUGAACUCCAAAAUCCAGCAGCCACCAAGUAGCAGCAAAUAGAUACAGACAAUUCAACCUCUUUGCUGCCAGCUAGUAGCUUGGAGUUUUGCAGUUCGGAACUGGUAGCCCUUGGGAAAUUGUAACUCCCUAGUGAUCAUUUAUUCUGGCUUCACCUCUUCUGUCUGAAUCACCUCAGUGCUUUUCCAUAAGUUUCUGGUAUACCUUUCUGUAGCCCUUCUCUUCUUGAAGAGGAGCAGCUGGAGAAAGAAAAGAUGAUUGAGGCUGGUUUGAGGGAUUAGCAGAUCAAGAGUACAGCAUCUCUGCUUCCUGAGCCCUGCUCUGAUUAUGUGUUGCUGGGUCUUAAGGACUCAUAGUCUCCAUGAAUGAUUUGCUCCUAACCUGGUCUGAGAUUUCCCCCAAUUUCUACUGUGCUGCUUCAUCGUGAACUGGGGCUGUUCUGGGAGGGACUAGUGAAGAAUAUUGGGAGUACAUGCCAAGAUUCUGAAAGAUCUCCUGUAUGGCGAAUUAGUGCAGGGAACGCGCCCCAGAGGGAGACCACAGCUGUGAUAUAAGGUUACCUGCAAGAGGGACCUAAAGGCCCUGGGAAUGGACGUUAACAACUGGGAAACCUUGACCUCCGAUCGUUCAGCUUGGAGGCUAAAGACACAGCAUGGCCUUCUCCAAUUCGAAGAGACAUUUGUUCAGCAGGCUGAGGCAAAGAGGCAGUCCCGGAACCAGCGAAAUCUGGGGGCUGGGCAGGGGACAGGAUGUAUCUGCCCUCAGUGUGGAAGGGAUUGCCACUCUCGAAUUGGCCUUUUUAGCCACACUCGAUGCUGUUUCCAGAGCAUGAUACCAUAGUCUUUUGAGACUGAAUGAUGCCAACUGAAAUGCCAAGAGUAUAUAUUCCCAGCAGAUGGGAAGGUCACCCAGCUAAAGCAAGCAGGAACCUAUAGUUGGCAGGAACAGUAUAGGAAGAUGUUGGGUCAGAUGAUCACUUAGUGGCAAUGGCAAAGGCAUUAAUUCAGAUUCAUAUGGGGGGGGGGAGAAAGACAAUGGUAAAUCACUCCUGUAUUUUUACCAAGAAAAUGAUAUGGACAAGCCCUGCUUUAGAAGAUAAAAAUGGAUAGUUCUUUUUUUUUUUUUUGCAAACUAACCUACUUUUCAAGUAAGAUUUAAUUAAAAUCUAAUCCACAUUCUUCUCUCUCUCUCUCUCUUUCCCCAUUUGACUCCUUAAAAAGUCUCUAUAGUUUUGGGGCAAGAAUUUUCAAAGUAGUUUGCCAUUGCUUUCUUCCUGGGGCUGGGAGGGAGUGACUGGCUUAAAGACAUGCAUCUGGCUUUGUGCCUAAGGUGUGAUUAGAACUCACAGACUCCUGGGUUCUAGCUUUACUUGUUUAACCUACUAAAGUUAUUUGUAUUUUUAAUGAAAGGGAAAGAUGAAAACAACGUAAAGCUUAAUUGCUACAGAGGUUGAAUUUAUGUACUGUAUGCGCAUUUUACUUACCUUCCUAUGUAUUUAAAUGUACUGCUUUUAUAAAACUCCACCAUUUUAUACAUGGCAG